UAUCCGAUGAUCACUAGAAUUUUGGUAUGAUUCUCUGCAGAAGUUGUCCGAUGUCCACGAAGAAGAAGAAAAACAUAUCAAUAUAGUUGUUUAGAAAUCAAAAGAGUGUUAAUAGGAGUGUUGAUAGAAAGAAGAAAGCAAAAGACACUUCCUUUUGCUCGGAGGGAAUGGGAGAGAAGAAGACGACGACAGGAGAGGGUUUAGGGUUUUACAAGGAAUAUGUCGCUGGAAUGAUGGCUGGUCUCGCCACUGUCGCCGUCGGCCACCCUUUCGACACCGUCAAGGUGAAACUUCAGAAACAUAAUACAGAUGUGCAAGGGCUCAGAUACAAAAACGGGCUGCAUUGUGCUUCAAGGAUCCUGCAAACUGAAGGAGUCAAAGGACUUUAUAGGGGAGCUACAUCGUCGUUUUUCGGAAUGGCUUUUGAAAGUUCAUUGAUGUUUGGCAUAUACUCCCAGGCAAAGCUGUUCUUGCGGGUAACAUUGCAGGCCAAACGAUCUUGUACUGUAUUAUUUUCCUCCAAACUUCAUAUUUUGCUUCUUUCUUGUUUUAUUGUAAAGGGAACUUUGCCAGAUGAUGGGCCACGACCAGAGAUAAUUGUUCCGUCUGCUAUGUUUGGUGGAGCUAUUAUUAGUUUUGUGUUAUGUCCAACAGAGCUUGUAAAGUGUAGAAUGCAGAUCCAAGGAACGGAUUCUUUGGUUCCUAACUUCCGUAGAUACAAAAGUCCUCUUGAUUGUGCCGUUCAGACCGUUAAAAAUGAAGGGGUAACAGGUAUAUUUCGUGGUGGCUCGGCAACAUUAUUAAGAGAGUGUGCUGGAAAUGCUGUCUUUUUUACUGUCUAUGAGUAUUUACGGUAUCAUAUCCACUCGAGAUUGGAGGAUUCUAAGCUGAAAGAUGGUUACUUGGUUGACUUGGGGAUAGGAGUUUUCACUGGUGGUCUUGGAGGCAUAGCUUGCUGGUCAGCUGUUUUGCCCUUUGAUGUAGCAAAAACCAUUAUCCAGACCUCUUCAGACAAAGCUACCGAGAGAAAUCCUUUUAAAGUGUUGAGCUCGAUUCACAAGAGGGCAGGACUCAAGGGAUGCUAUGCAGGUUUGGGUCCAACAAUUGUGAGAGCAUUCCCUGCUAAUGCGGCAGCGAUCGUUGCUUGGGAGUUCUCAAUGAAAAUGUUGGGAAUCAAACGGGACUAGGAUUAGUCUUCGAAUCUAAUUUAUUUGGUCUGAUUUUCAGAUCUCAGAACCACAAGGAGCUUGCAUUUGCUUCAGAUUUUGAUGAGCUUUCUUGUAACAGAACUACAUAUAUCAAGAAUCAAAAGUGUCUCCCAGAUUAUUAUUUUUGAUAGCCUUUUAGCUCUGUCUCCCCAUUUGUUGAUUGCAAAACAAAUACAGUUUCCUGAUUUAGUUUAAGAUCUUGGCUUGAAAUAACAUUUUCCAAGUUUAAACA